AUGCAGAAAUUGGGUGAAUUCAAGCUGCCUCAUUUCUUCAAUUAUCCUCCAUAUUUCACUUUACAGCCAGUAAGGGAAACCAGAGAGAAGCAGAUACAGUUGUGGAAAGAGUUGAUAAUUGAGUAUUGUCGAGCGCAGAGAAUUUUUUUCAUUGGAUUAGAGGAAGAUUUUCCACUAUUCAGUAAUCCUGCGAUUGAGAGAUCUCUUAGUCAUGAAGCAAGAGUGGCUUUUCUCUCAGCCCUUGUAUCAGAUGGGCGUGCAGAAUGGACCGACAAAGGGCACAGGAAGUGUCUUAUACUGUGGCAUAGAAUCCAAGAUUGGGCUGAGUUGAUUCUGCACUUUGUAAAAGAAAAUGGCUUGGAGGACAAUAUCAUGACAGUUGAAGAAAUACGCUCGGGGAUUGAAUCCAGAGGAACAGAACUACAUGGAAUUGAUCGAACAGUUCUGAUGAGGGCAUUGAAACUUCUAGAACAAAAGGGGAAGCUUGUAAUAUUCAAAGGGAGUUCCACUGAUGAUGAAGGCAUCAAAUUUUCCCUUUAG